CGCAGUUGGUUUCAUGCUGCCCUUGCUCUUUAUGAUGCUGAUGUUCAAUAGUUCAUGGGCAUCUGGCAGUGAGACUCAGAACUGCAGCAUCUCUGUUACUGUUCCGAGAGGCACCCAGUUCAACAUAAUGCCUGGCACUUCCAUCAUGCUACAAUGUCCAGUGCUGUAUUGCACAGAGCAGCCUGCAAUGAGCUGGUAUAGGUACAAUGAAGUCAGUCAGAUGUUCUUAAUUUUGCAGCAGGAACAAAGGCACUCAGUCUCAUGGAUAAAUGAAAGCACUUUUGUUUUGAAUUUUGCAUCUUUUUAUAAGAACGACAGUGGAAGCUAUCAUUGUGAAGCUACCAUGAAGAAGCAGAAAUGGAAGAGCCAUGUAAUACAAGUGAGUGUUCAAGAUCCCAAUAACCUCACGAAAUUGGAAAAUGCUAACAAUACGAUAGAAGGUCAUGGAGCCACUGAAAAGACAAAGGCGAUUCUUCUGUUUGUCCUUCCAUCCCUGGGAGUGCUGUGCCUCCUCGCUUUUUGCUUCUCUGGCCUUCACUGUUUCAUAAGGAAGCGUCAAGUGAAAAACAAGAUGAAUUCAUCAAGCUCAGAACAUGAAAUGAAUGUGGUUCUGGAUGGUGAUGCUGUCUAUGGCAAUCAAGACAUUUGCAGGAAAGCCACACCAAAUCCAACAUGCAAUGAAUCGGUUACCAGUGCACACCAACUCAAAUCUGAAAACCAGGAUACCCUUGUCUAUGCAACACUCAGCCAUGGGGAACCUUUGCAGAAAAGUGAACCUUUGCUAGAAACAGUAUUCUCAGAAUAUGCAACCAUUGGGAUGGAGCAAUAAUGUACACAACUGUUUAGCAUCAUGUUACAUCUUUCACUGUGGCCCAGGAAGCACUGCUGUGAACAUUAGUAGGUUCAUGUAUAUCACACAGUCUAUUUCUGCCAGCAACAUUCUUUUGGUGAUGCUUAUUUUUCUGGUAUUAUCAUAAACAUAACAAAUGAAUCUCCUAUAGGGAGGGAAUUUGUGCAUCACCAAAAAAAGAGCAAGUGAAUCACCAAAAAGCUGGAAGAAAGCACUAUUUGCAUAUGUUAGUUUAUAUGUAUAGACAUAAGUUUUGGAGGAAUUAUAGAACAGAACACAUUUCACCAUAGCAGGCAGGAAGAUGGUGACCUGUGUGUCUGCCAUCCAAAUGCUUUCUGUGG